CGACGACAAACAAGAUGGCGGCCGGAGGGUCGAUGUAUGACAGCAAUCUCAAGGCGUAAAGUUGUGAAGAAGAUUAGAAUAUCAACAACGAUGUAGGACGCUGCCUUGAUAAAAAGAAUUACCACUUGAAGUUGUUACUCUGUUGAAGAUCCCACGAUGUCCGGGGAUUUACAAGCAACGAUAGAAUUUGCCGUCGAAUUUUCCACGUUUCACAACAUUGAUCUGUUUCAGCGAGGGUAUUACCAUGUUCGUUGUACUCUCAAACCUCCUGUGAAAGCGGCAGCAAGUGUAGAGGUAGAGAAAAGGCUUGACACUGUUUCAGACAGCCAAGGGGCAGAAUACCAAUUUGGAGCAACAAUCGACUCUUCUGGACAGACAGCCAUCUCCAGAACAUUUCAAAUUCUUUACAGAAAUGAGUCUGUUGUGUUAAAUGAUUCUUUUGUUUUUCGUCUCCAUUUAUUGGUUAACAGUGAUAAGAUUGUCCAGGAAGUUGACCAAGCAGAUUAUCAAAUGUUGGUGGAACUGUUUUUCUCGGACUCAGACUAUGGAGUUGACUCAGUUGAAUCUCUCACAAACGUAAGCACACAAACGUUAAAACUGCACAUGUCCUGAGUGAAAGGUCUGCAUCACCAUGUGCCUAUCUUGUUUGACUACUAUCACUUUGCUGUCAUCGACACGACAAUUCAUGCCACCGUAACAGCACUGGGUCUUCCUGAUCACAGCAUUGUUAGACCUGUGAAAAACAACUGGCUUGGCAAACCACCAUCAAAUAUGCGAGUAUCAACACCAGCUUUCUAUGUUGUACUCUUCAGUAAUAAAGCUUUAAUACCUCAGAGUUCUAAGACAUCACUUGUUGAGAAGCAGCUGCAGUUUGCUUAUGACACACACAGGUCAUUGUGUAGCACUUUGUUGUCUGCCCAAGUCAAUCUGUUAGCUUAUUUCCAAUGCUUGAGCGAGCUGCUUCCUGAUAAUCAAAGAAUGGAUAUCGGAUUUGUCGACUUUGGGGAAAAGCUUGAUGUACUUUGUACUGCAGUAGAGGGUACAGUUGGUUGUGAAGAAACAUUUUCUCAAGUUUGUAGUGACCUUAACAACCUUAGCUCUGAACUUUCCUUAGUAUGGUCACAGUUUCUUGAGUUCUUCAGCCUCAACAAAGCUAUCUUGCCUUUUAUGAGAAGAGAGCACCACAAACAGCGGCUCUCUCAUUUUUCGGAAGCAUUUUUCAUCAAGGAGUAUCCGUGGAAUGAACUUCAAAAUGCGCCACACUUUUUAUAUCAACAGCAGCAAAGCUUGGCUCAGAGUGUGAAGACAUCUCGUUAUUACCAGAGUAUUCCUCCAGUGCAAGUCGAGUGUCCUCUGUUAGAUGGAGAUCCUUCUUCUAUUCCAAUAAUAUUUGAAGACAAGUUUAGUUUCUUGGAGCCUAGAGAACCAGACAUCCCCAGAAACCCGGAGAUGGAAGAAAUGUUUUUCACAGUUGGUUCGGAUGAGACUGAUAAUAUCACUGAUGAAAGUUUUCUUGUAAUCAAUGGUCAAGAUUCUGAUGAAGCUGACAAGAACAGUACAGCGUCGAAAACAGUUUCCGAAGAGAGUGUUCAUCAACCAGAGAUACAACAAGGUGAUCCAAGCCGUGCAACAGAGAAGGUACUCAACAGAGAAACGGAUUUAACAGAGGGGACAGGCGAAGGAGAUGGCACUGCUGCUCUAGAUGAUAUAAACAUUGCUUUAAAUGGCGAGAUAGACGAUACACCAAACGAAAGUUCUUCUAAUUUAACAGAAGAUUUGUCAUCAUUUUUGAGAAACUCAGAAAGUACUCAACCGCUCAUUGCCGAGGAUGGGAACAUUUCUGAUUGUGAAACACAGUCUGAAGAUAAAGAUGUUAAAGUCGAAAGGACUAGUGAGGUAAAACCAUCCGAAUGUGAUGAAGAGUCGGAAUUUGUAGACGCUGCAGCAAUAAAUGGCAUUGAAAUGUCCCCUAGUGCUACGAUAGACGUUGAGAAUUCUGACCCGUCAGAUGAAAUCGAUAGUCCUUCGGAAAACGCACCAGUAAAACAAACUGAAAAGGAAGCCAAUGCUCAAAGCGAUGCUGAGUCAGCACUGGUUUGCAAUGAUACUGUCAAAGAGUCUGCUGAAAUCACUGACAGCUCGAACGAGGAAAAUUCCGAGGAUCCUGAACCACUGUUUAUCGCUAAUGGCUCCCAGGAUGAGUUACUCUCUUCGUCAGCAACCGACACUGCCGCAGACUCGAGUAAUAACGAAACGCCGAUGUCUUCCGAAGCGUCCACGUGUGCAACUUCGGGAAAUCAAUCCGACGUCGUGACUGAACAGCCGAACAUCAGUGGGAUUUCGUCUCGUAACUCGGUGACUGUGACCGAUGGUGCGCCCACUGGGCAAACGAGGAAAAACAAAAAGAAAAGCGUCCCUAAAGGACUUUCCUCGAGUUCAUUGGGAGGUUGUUUUCCUUUGGCUUGCGCGGGAAACACAUCACCUGCAUUUACUUUGUCACGAGGAGAUUCUGUGUACGGAGGAAGCCUGAGAUCGAGAUUUGAAAUUGCGAAAAGAUCAGUCAAACGCAGUUUAAACUACGCAUGUCAAGUAUACAGUGAUCGCCAGUUGGUAGGAAUUCGUGAGCCGUACUUUAGCGCUGGGGCACCUGAAGGCAUAGAGACGCAUUUGAUCGUGUGUGUCCAUGGUCUGGACGGUAACAGCGGUGAUCUUCGUCUUGUACGUUGUUACUUAGAAAUGGCCCUUCCUUCUACACGACUAGACUUCCUCAUGUCAGAAAUCAACCAGCCUGACACUUUUGUGACAUUUGAAGAAAUGACUGAGAAGCUGGUUCAAGAAAUAACGCAUCACAUCGAAGCUUAUAAUCUCUUCCCCACGAAAAUCAGUUUUGUUGGUCAUUCUCUUGGGAACAUUAUCAUCCGAUCCGCUCUCGGCCACCCUGAAUUGAGGCCCUUCCUAGACAAGAUCCACACGUUUUUGUCCCUUUCGGGUCCUCAUUUGGGAAUGUUGUUUCCAACAAGUUCACUUGUCAGCACUGGCUUGUGGUUCAUGCAGAAAUGGAAGAAGUCCGAUUCGUUGUUGCAAUUGUCAUUACAUGAUCAUUCUGACCCUCGGCAGACGUUUAUUUAUCGACUUAGUCAGUCAGAAGGCCUACAGUACUUCAAAAAUAUUCUUCUGGUCAGCUCUGUACAAGACCAUUAUGUUCCUUAUCACUCGGCCAGGAUAGAAAGUUGUCGAGCUGCCGUGAAAGAUAACUCUGAUGUCGCUGUUGCUUACAGAGAGAUGAUUGACAACCUUCUGAAACCAUUGGAAGGGAGGAAAGACAUGAACCUUGUCCGUUACAGUGUUUAUCACAAUCUUCCGAGUUCAGCAAAUUCCUUCAUUGGCCGAGCUGCUCACAUAGCAAUGCUCGAUUCAGAACUUUUUAUCGAAAAAUUGCUGUUAGUUUCUGCGUUAGAUUACUUUAGAUAGGUAAACGUUUGAACAGUGCUAGAAGAAAGCGCGUAGCACAUUAUGUAAACCUUGUCAAAGAUGUAAGACGUUGUUGCGUUGCCGAAAACUAUCGGUACAUUUUCGACAACCCUUCGAAACACGCACGAAGAGUUCAUGACAGAAAUCACUCAAUCCGAAAGAACAACGCGCAAUUUACGAUGUUGUGAUCGGCAACUCGCCUGAAUAUCGUAGUUCUCCGACGUCUUUCCGAUCAUACCUUAGCCCAAAACUAGAACUGUUCUUGCGCUCAACUUGUUUUACGGGACCAUAGGAACCGGUGAUGACAAAAGACAUAGACGGGAAAGGUAGUUGAAUAGUGUUGUAAUGCCAGGUAAAUUGAAUUAUGGUAUAGUAUAGAUUCAAUUUAAUUUUUGAUUGAUUAAUCGGUUAUAAUAGCUUAUUUACUAUUAUUAGGAUUUUAUAUGGCUAAUAGCGAGAGAAUUCAGGAAAAUCGUGUGUACCUGUAGUUGCGAGUUCUAAUAUUCUGAUUAUGUGGUCUUCAGUCUUCUUCUCUAGAGAGAGAUCUGUUUGAAAACAAUUCUAGAAAAUUGGGUUUUCCUUCCAAUAUUUUGAGCACAUGCAUCUAACUUUUUGUUUCUCCAUUAUAAAUAUCUUCCUUGGUGUUUCCCUUGCACGCUAUACGCCUCUUGCGUGUUUUCCUUCUGUUAUUUAUUUGAUUAUUUGUUGUUUCUUAUUCUUCCUUAUCCUGAUGAAGUGAUUUGCGGUUCCUCGCAUCACCAAUCGCAAAGCACUUAAGAUGGGAUUUGUAUAGUUUAAUUGGGCUAGUGAACUUUUUGAAGUGAAUUUUUUAUUUGCUCCAAGUAAACAAUUGAAAUCAUAAAGCAAGGCUUGAGCGGGACUCAAAAAUUUUGAUAAUUUUGGUUUGGAACAUGUGACUGAGUUACUUAGUUGACAAGGCUGCUGUUGCCCGUAGAUCUUAGUUAAGACAGUGCACAAAUCAUCUAGGAAGGAUAAAAAGACUCGUUGUGGUAACUCGUAAUUUUGACUCUCGGUUGCAAUAUUUAUUAAUAAAUACUCAACGGACAACGUAAAAAGUAAUAAAGAGUUGUCAACAAAGAAUUGUAA